AUGGUUCUCCAGGAACUGGUUCUCUACCGCCGACGUUUCCAAAAUUCGCCGGAGCCGAGAAUGGCACCACAGUCAUUGCCACCGCAGGUUGACGAAAGACCGACUUCUCCAACACCUGGAAUUUCAGCUGGCAGUGAAGCUUCACAGCCGAUGGUGUUAGAAGAGCAACUCGACGAAGACGUACCGGUGUUGCUUGGUGAUGCACCUAAGACCGAGACCCCAAUGGGUCCUGCAAUCCAUAAGGAUAUAGCCAAUCUGUGGCAAGACAUACUUGCUAAAGGGUUGGUACAAGACUUGAAAGAAAGUCCUUUGAAUACUUAUCUUAUACCCUCCAACUGUAACCUACUGAUUGCAUCAGCUCUAAACCCGGGGGUUAAAGCAGUCCUGACAGAGACCUCUAUAAAACGAGACUUCUUUAUUCAAACAAUAGCAGCAAGGAGUUGCCAUUUCAGCCUUAGGUGCUGUCGCCAAUAUGAUCAUUUCGGAUGA